UAUCCGUCUCCGCACCACAAACCCUGCCGGCUCGCGCUGACGGAGUAGCACCACUAGGCGAUUUAUCCGGGGUUUUCGUCGCCGAUUAUUCUUGUCGAUAUCAUUUGGCAAACAAGCACUCGCUUUGUGGUUUGAUUGCCGAAUCUUUAUAAAGUUUGAGUGAUGUGGAUCAUUCAAGAUCGAGGUUGAUUUCAUCUUUCACCAUUUGGUCUGGUAUUACAUCUUUGGGCAGUGCUUUUAGAUUGAAGGUUUUGGUGCUGAAGCAUAUCUUAACCAUAUGAAGGAAAUUCCAUCUUUGUUCUCUUUGUGUGUGAAGAUAAUCACAUGGAAUAUCAUGCAUGGAUGUGGGCAGCCACAAGACCUUUUUGAACUUCCAUCAGUAUUCCUUGAUGGCUUAUUGAUGAUGCUUCCUCCAUUGGCUUUGCAAAAUAUUUAUGAGCUAACAAUUGGCAGCACCACCGUGGAAGCAUCCAUAGUCAAUAGCAUCAAUAUUAGAAAGAAACGUGGGAGUUUCAGGUACAAUGAAUCACGUGCAGCAUGGAAGACGUUGUAUAAGAAGCGAUGGCCUGAAAAUAUUAAAUGGAAAGAUCAGUCUAGUUACACAGCUGGUGAUCAUUGCGUGGAAGCACAUGAAUCAACGGCUUCUGUUAUUGAUUGGCAGCAGCUUUACUGGGAGCGGCAUCUACAGGACUGUUUGGAUGCAGCUACUGAGCAAGCAUUGCUUCCAGCAUUUGGCGGUAAUAUUGCUGAACUGAAGAUUCCAGAUAGCAUUAUGAGUUUGAUUGGUCACAUUGGAAGUGGGGAUUGCAACUGUUCAAAUUUAUCAUACCACUGCAAUAAGUUUGGGUGCUAUGCCAGAUGUAUGAGACUCCAGAGCGUCCUUUGCCAUGAUAAAAUUUUGGAUUUUUUGAGGACAAGCAAGUUGGAAGCUCUAGUGUUUCGGAGAAUACUGUCUGGAAGACAUGUGGAUGGAGUGUGCAAGCUUAUUACUCAAAAUAGGGAAACUUUGAUAUCUCUCGAACUAGUUUAUUGUAAGCUUUCUCCCUUGGAUAUGGAGAUGAUUUGCAACUCUGUUUAUGACAAGGAAAUUCAUAGCCAUGGCAUCCGGCAUUUCUCUAUUACAUCAUCAACUAUUUUUGGAAGCAAAUCAUCUUCCAUACCUUGUGGGCUCUCAUUCUUUCUAUCAUCAGGAAGAUCACUUCACUCGGUCCGCUUUACUGAUACGCGCUUGGGUUUAAAGGCUGCUGAGUUCAUCUUUGAAAUCCUGAUCAAGUCAUCGAGCAGUUUGGUAAAUCUUGAGCUGUCUGGAAAUGAGCUUGAAGGUUUGCUUUCAAAGGUUGGCAGGAAAUACAUUAGUUUCUCUCCCGUUUUGGAAUCACCUAUUUCCUUGCAGUCAUUAGUUGAACUCAACUUGAGGGGUAACAAUUUGCAAAUGAAUGAUAUGGUGGGCCUCUAUCACGUGCUGGUUAACAUGCCAAAGUUAUCGAGAUUAGACUUGAGUGAUAAUCCGAUCAGGGAUGAUGGAGUCAGAAGAUUAAUCCCUUUUUUUGUCAAAGAUCUUGAGGUGACCUCUCAAGUUACAGAAAUGUGGUUGGAGAACUGUGAUCUUUCAGGGACAGGAGCAUCCGAACUUUUGCAAAGCCUUACUAUGAAGACAGGCCAGCUGAAGACUCUAUCUUUUGCAGACAAUGAUCUUGGGAGUUCUGUGGCAGCACCACUGGCCAAAUUUUUGGGUGCUUCACGGAUUAGAAAUCUUAACAUUGAAGGUAUUGGAUUGGGACCAUUUGGCUUCCAGGAGCUUGAAAGAAAAAUGCCAAACAAGACGACACUUGCUCAUCUUAACAUAAGCAAAAAUCGUGGCGGGAUCCAAGCUGCUCAUUUUAUUCAUCGCAUUGUCUCGCAAGCUCUAGAUCUAGUAUCAAUCAAUGCAGGAUCUAAUUUAUUACCUCCUGAAUCAUUGUCAAUCAUACAAGAUGCGCUGAGGAAAUCGAAUGGUAAAUUGGAAGAGUUGGACUUGACCGGAAAUGCAUCCUUGCACUCACCGAACAGUAAGUCGGUAAUUUCCCAGUUUCAGUUUCAGGGAAAUCUCAUCAUAAAGCUUCCAUCAUUUUGUCCCUCAAGUUCUGCUUACGAUGAUGAUCCAUAGAAGCUAUUACAUACUUCAACAACUGUAAUGAGCGAAGAAUUGUUAUAAUUCCAGGUAUUAAAUCCCUGUAACAAAUUUAACUUGUAAAAUUUAUCCUUCUGUGCUUGAAUUCUGAUUCCAUUAUUGUGAUUGUGACUCGGGGAUUCUUCAUUGGGAUCAAUGCAAAUUCGAAGAUAUUGAUCCUAAUGAAAAUCUAAUGUCAAAAAUCCCUCCUAAUUUUUCCUCAGAAUCAUCCUUAACUUUUAUUUUCCCCGUGCAACCUGUUGGAUGUUGAUGCUCUUGCAAAACAUUUUGUAAACUUACAUUUUCAGAUCAGUUCUUUGACUUUAUUUUCUGUUA